AUGCGGGAGCGCGUCUCCGGGGCGGGGCCGAAGUGCGCGCACUGCGGCUGGGAGGCGUCGCGGGCGCGCCUCCGAAAGCACGAGGGGCGGUGCCCGGGCCAGCUCCGAUGCCUGCUGCCCAAAUGCGCGCACCACGGGUCGCUCGAGGAGAUCGUGCGGCACCUCUUCGAGGACCACUUGCCGUCUAUCCCAGCAGACGAGCGCUCGAGUUUCGCCACGGUGCUCACGGCCUCGCUGCUCGAGGCUGCUGCUGCAGCCAAGACCGGCCUCGAAGCAGCGGGCCUCGGGCCUGUUACCGGCGCCGACGUGCUCGCGACGGACGCACCGUCGACGGUGCCGUUGGGGGCUGAGCUCGGCGUCUCUAGCAACGUCGCCUCCCCGGCGCGCGGGGCCCCGCGCGACCCGACCGAGGCGAUCGCCAUCAAGACGGAAUUCGAGGCCUUCCUCGACAGCGUCCUCAACCCCGCAGCCAACCACCCCGGGCCCAGCGCUCCCGGCGGCGGGCCGAUCCCGGAGUGUUUUGGCGACCUGAACAGCCUAGAGGUGUCGACGUGGCUUCCCGGUGGACCUGCAGAAGCAGCAGCCGUCGCAGACAGCGGCUCCAACGGCGCGCUCGGGCGCCCACCGAUGCCCCCAGGGCCGCGUCCGAAGAGGUCCUCGAAGGCGGGGAAGUCCCUCGGCGCGCUGGAGACGUACCGCGCGAUGCUGCACGCGCAGGGGUUGUCGGCCGACUCAGCGGAGGACAUUGAGCUCGCCGUGGGGUCGCUCUCGGGCGACGCGGGGCUCCCGGCGCUCCGUCUGCCGUCCAUCGCGUCGCCCUCGAGCUCGAGCAGCGCGUCCGACGGCGGGGGCAGCCCGGCGUGUGCGCCAAUCUUCCGACCGCACCACCUCACCGUGGCCGACGACAGACUGACGCAGGAGCAGCUCCCGGGUGCGAGCAGCGCCACCCCAGCCAGCCAGCAGGCCACUCCUAUGGCGCAGCGUGCAGAGCCACGCACGCCGGGUUCCGCGGGCAAGGCUUCCGUGGGGCCUUCCGACGCGACGCAGGCAGCGAGCACGGCCUCGCGCGGCGCCGCAGCCGCCGACCACGCGCUGGCAACUCCCCCGGAGGCGCGGGACACAACACACCCCCGCGCCCGGUCCCCCGACGCGCACACGCCCGACGACUCCGAGCUGGACGCCAUCGACGGCAGCCGCAAGCGGCCGCGUGGGUCCUCGGACGCGAAACAGAGCCCGGAGUCCCCCCCUGACGAGACGGACCACAACAAAUUGAUCCCCCCUGACGUCAAGGAGCACCUGGGCAUGCUCUGCCGCGCGCUGCUCAAGGCCGACAACGGAUACGGCGUCCCGCCGACCGUCGACCUCUCCGGCGAACAGUUCGGCCUGGCGUCCGCGCUCGCCGCAUUCCGGCGGUCCGCGUCCUACAUGGACGACGAGGACCGCUUCCCAAUGGUGGCCACGUCCAUGGUCGUGCGGGCGUUCCAGGAGCACAUCAUGCAGGUCGUUGCGCAGCCGGAGCCCGCGGACGCAGCUCGCCGGGCGUUCCAGCUCGACACCACGUGGCUGCUAGCGCACAUGGACUGGAACACGUGCAACGGGGGCUCCGCCGAACAACCCGCUCCGGUCCGCACGACGCCGCCAGCGUCCGGGAAGCUGGAGCCCAUGACGCUGAUGUCGGGCACCGACGGGCCCAUCGCGUUCCUCGUGCGGACGAUUCGGAGGCAGCUCGACAGCGGCGCAGUGCAGGCCGGGAGGCCGCUCCCUUGCCCAGAGGAGGCGCUCGUCGCCACACAGGCCCUGUGGUGCACCCUGGCGAAGCAGCGCAACGAGUACUCCGUCGCGGCCGUCGUGGAGCUGUGGCGCCUCGAUGGUGCGCUCGACGCCCUCCUGGACCUCGCGGACGCUCGCCGCGUGGCCCGCGUGGCGCACGAGAAGCUCACGGACGACGCGCGCGUCACCCGCACCGCGCUCUUCUGCCUCGCCGGCGCCGUCGGGCACGGCGUCCCCAGCAGCACCACCGCCGCCGAGAAAGCGCGGCGCCUCGAGAUCGCGAACGCGGUGCUCGCGCCCGCGCUGUUCAAGAGCACGGCCGAGGGCGACGCCGCUGCGGCGUACGUCAUCGUGCGCGCGAUCGCGGGCCUGGGGCGCGAGACGCAGUACCGCGAGCUGGUGAUGACUCAGUUCAUGAGCCAGCAGCUCGAGCGGCUGCGCGCCGCUUACAAGGGCGACGAGAAGACGCCCGCGCAGCGCAUCGUGCUCAGCGAGGCCGUCGGGAUCGUGGACAUGAUGUGCUGGCACGGCGUGCCGCAGGCCGUGGACGCCGCGUUCUGGUAUUGCCAGAGCUUGUGGAUUUUGUAUGAUGGCUUUCUGUCGUCCGCGGCGGGCGCGCCCGACGAGCCGGAGUACGUCCGGAAGGUGCACGUGCGCGCCGGGAACGCGACGAAGAAGAUCGCGGAGAUCGCGAAGAUCCGCAGCUUGGACCGCGACGUGGCGUGCGAGGCGCUGUUGGGCGCCAAGCUCCCGCUCGGGCUGGUAAACGCGCUGCGGCGGAUGGUUCGCGGGUUCGAGGGCACGGGCGCGUGCCGGAGCAACGUCGCGCUCGAGGUCGAGCUCGACAAGUUCAAGGACACGCUCGAAGUGCUGCCGAAGCUGGCGACGCUGCGACCCAGGGUGACGCGGCACCUCGCGCAGAGCGGCGCGGUGCGUCUCCUCGGCGAGGUGCUCAGCCUCGCGCGUUCCCCCGAGAGCGAGUUGCACGGCAUGCUCCCCCUGCCCACCGUGGCCACGAUGAUCGACUCCGCGGACGACUACGUCAAGCCGCUGGUCCUCGAGGACCUCGUCGACGCCGGGAUCGUCGCCUUCGUCCACGAACUGGCCCUGCUGGCCGUCAGCGCCAAUUAUGCUGGCCGCGACCGCAAGGUCUACAACGACGGCAGCGUGCAGCGCGCGGCGCUGCUCGCCUCGUCCAUGGUGACCGCGCCGCUCUCUGCGCGCGUCCCCGCCGCGGAGCGCCGCGACGUCCCCGCGAAGCUCAUCGAACUGGGGUUUGUUCCCGUGUUGGUCUCCUUGCUCGACGUGUGCUACUCGGAAGACGAGAUCCUCGAAACGGCAGCGGAGGCCAUGCUGCUGCUGAUGGCGAACUUGGCGUGGGCGGCGUCGCCGCUGCGCGACCUCGAGCUCUCCGCCGAGAACGUGUGUUUCCACGGCCGCAGGUUUGCGCAGGCCACGGCCGCGAACCUGCGCGAGUGCUUCGGCGGGGACCUCGUCAAGUACUCGUGCAGGUUCCAGCUGAUGUCCUCUAGGGGGACCAUGGCCAACGCGACAGAGGCGUUGGAGCGCGCCGGUUUGAUGUUGUACGACCUUUGUACCAUGCCGGAGCUUAACUCGGACGCGCCCAAGGAGCUGCGCUGGGUGCGUGGGAAGGCGGCGCCGCCUAACCGGCUGUGCGCGAUCAUCGUGCACCUGGUGUACUACACGCACCGGGGGACUUUGGAGGACAAACCCCCCCCCAACGCAGAAACGUUCCUUCUACCCAAGUACAAGGGGGGGCGUGUUCGGGACCUGGCGGCAGCGCUCAGCAAGGCGCACUGA